UACACUCAACAGGAGUGAGUGACAAGAGGAGCACCAACAAUGUAUAACAGCCACCCGUAUUCCACCCCUUUCUCCGUGAAGGACAUCCUCAGCUCGGUGAGCGAGCAUCAGCAAGCGGCUGCUGGGUGUGCGCUUGACUACCCGCCGCACCUCUCCUUUCCCAUGGCAACGGCCAGCUACCCGUCACCGGAAAUGUCCCCCCGACAUUGUGACCAGCUAACAAUGUUGUCGUCGGCGUCGCCCACUGUUAACCACAACAACAACCUCGUCAACCCCGCCAACAACAUGAAUCCUGCCUGUCUGUACGGCACAGCAUCGCCGCCUAACUUCCUGCAGUCCUACUCCCCCAGCUUGUCCUACAACAUGGGUGCGGCCCUCUCAGCCCUCCACCCCACUUCUCUCAAGGACUACGACCCCAACACCAUGAUCAACGACCCGUCUGGGGUCAGCCCCGGCCUCUCGCCACCCUGCCUUGAUGACGACAGCCUUGAGAAAGGUGCCAAGACACUGUGCGGACAGCAACAACAGCACCAAGCACAUCAACAAACACAAAGAACAACCACGCCAUGUGCACCAACCAUCAAGACGGAACCCACGACCUUAGUCGGAGAGAAGAGCAAGACGCCCUCCUGCAGCUCUUCUGAUGGCUCCACCCCCACCACAGGGGCUUCGGGGGGCAGCGGAGGCGGCGGCGACUGCCAGUUGCUGAAACAGCGGCAAAAGCGCAAGCCGCGCGUGCUGUUCUCGCAGGCUCAGGUGUACGAGCUGGAGCGGCGCUUCAAGCAGCAGCGCUACCUGUCGGCGCCGGAGCGCGAGCAGAUGGCCAGCAUGCUGAAGCUGACCUCCACGCAGGUCAAGAUUUGGUUCCAGAACCGACGCUACAAGUGCAAGCGCCAGCGACAAGACAAGAACUUAGAGUUGUCGGCCAUGCAGCCCCCGCGCCGGGUGGCGGUACCCGUGCUGGUGAAGGACGGCCGACCCUGCCUCAGUCAGACCAUGCCUCCCUCCCCAUACUCCUCCGCCCCCUUCAACGUCAACCCCUUCUCCAACUACACCACGGCUCAAGCCUACAACUCGGCGGUCACCGGCCAUCAGAUGCCGGUCAACCACCUACAGCAAGGCUCCUACUCCGUGCAGCCUCAGCUCCACGCGCAGGGCAUCCGGGCCUGGUAAGGGCAGCAGGGCACGGCCAUAGAGACAGCGGGGCAUGGCGGGAAGGACAAGCAUGACGUCAUGGGAAAACCAGAGAAACAUCCUCUCACGCUGGCACUAGCAGCAGAGACUGUGAGAGCUUACUGUGUGAGAACUAUACUCAGAUACACUCACUCGUGGCAGAGUGUGAGUAUGUGACAGUGUGUGACAGUGUGACUGUGAGUGCGACAGUGUGAGUGACUGUACUCAGACACACGCACUUUCUAGGACGCGUUGUGUGUGUUUUUUCAGUUAAAAAAAAUAAUGAAAUAAUGAUGUAAUGAAGUAAUGAGUAAUCUUAUCACGAGAGCCAACCUAAUUCUGCCGAGACGAUGGUGAAAAAGACGUUGCAGAGGACAGAAAGCUAUGCUAUGUCCUUACUAGUAAGCUAUGCCAGGUAGCCUUCAUGUUACUAGGAGGCUAUGACAAGAUGUUUUCAUGUUACUAGGUGACACGGACUUUUUCAUGCUUUUUAGUGUCGUUCCACGAGCAGCUCACAUUAUGAUUGACACCAUACAAAAACCUCAGUCAUUCCCCGUCCACUCACUCAGUCACACAAACAAACAAACAAACAAACAAACAAACAAAAGAGUAAGUGAUCAUUUCAAAUGUUGUCUUUGAGACAUUUUGAGAAGACAGACAACAAGGCUACACCGGCUACUGUCGUCAAACACCCAGUGUAGCAUGCGAGAAAACUUCUUUCGCCACAAACUGUGCCCACGGGCCGUGUGCAAAACAGACAAUAUGCCUGUCCCACAAACUGUGCCCACGGGCCGUGUGCAAAACAGACAAUAUGCCUGUCCCACAAACUGUGCCCACGGGCCGUGUGCAACACAUGCCUGUCCCACAAACUGUGCUCACGGGCCGUGUGCAAAACAUGCCUGUCCCACAAACUGUGCUCACGGGCCGUGUGCAAAACAUGCCUGUCCCACAAACUGUGCCCACGGGCCGUGUGCAAAACAGACACUAUGACUGUCCCACGUGCCAAAUUGUCAUGGAUCUCGACAGAGGUCGGUUAUUUGAAUGUUCAGUUUGUGCCUUUUGUACAGAGGUCUGUUAUUUGAAUGUGUUUUCUGUGCCUUGUGCUAAUUAGCCUUAUUAUUCAAAUCCUUAUGCUAAUUAGCCUUAUUUUUAUGAAAGCUGAAUAUUUUGUUGCCUUCGCUCCCUUUCCUAUCCCAUGCUGCUGACGGAGAAGAGUAGAUUAGGGAUCGCUUACAGUGUUACACUAACGAACCUUCUACCCGACCAGUACUGUCUACCAUAGUCUACCCGUGGCCUUAUAACUGUUCUCCGACAGAGGACUUUGCUUGACAACAGUUUGUCUCUUUGCUGUGUAACACUGCACCACAACUCUCCUGUGCCUUGACUGACACUGGUGUCCAUCUUGGUUUGUUUGUUUGUUUUUCUGACAGUCUUUUGUCUCAGACACUGACACAAAGACAAAGAGUCCGCCAUACCGCAUAUUCGUGCAGCAGUUAUGAUUGCAGCUGGUCGCCAUACAGCUCGGUUGGAGCAGAGGGCGCUGUGCACGCGAUGCCCAACUGGGUGACGCGGCCCUGGCCUAUCAGGGGCGGCUAUUUACUACACCUACUAAUUACUGCCUUAUCAAAACGGGGAUUUAUGGCUCGUGCCACCUACAGUCGUCAGUGACAACACGGGCAUGGAGAACAAGAGCGGACAACUCGGGCAGACAGGGGCCCGCCACUUGCUCCAGGCGAUCAGAUGGGAGGAAUUAACGGCGGGAUGUGGCAAGCAAAAAAAAAAAAAAGGGAGGGACAGUGGGGGGAAACAAGCAAAGAAAAGACCAUAGAUCACGGUGGGGUAGGGGGCGAUUUGUCGCGUCAUUUAACUAAAUACAUGUUGCGGCAAGACAUGCUCGUUCCCACCAUCCCGCGGGCGCGAGGGCCGUGAGGCGGGCGCUGCGCUUCAAGCGAAACUUGCACCAGAACAACGGCAAAGGCGCGAUCCCAUCGGUCACUGCGCGCCGAUGAUAAACGACGUCGCCGAUAACCGUGCCGCUCGCGCCGCCCCCAAGAUACAGCGGGUCACGGGUCGCCGCCCUCGCUGCCACGCUCCGCUUCACGCUAAACGGCCGCCGUAGGGAAGGGGACGCGGCAAGGGGCAGAUUCCGGCUUCAGCCAUGCGUGACGGCAAAACGUAACACGGUCCGUUAAAGUCCGAUCAACUCCAGAAGCUCCCCCCCCCCCCGUACCAUCACCACCACCACCCCACCCCGCCUGCUAGACAGAAGGUGUCGGUAAUGCAGUGGGGUGGGGUUAGGAGGAGAGGGGGUUGGGCGUGAGAAGUCUGGUGUGCGUGAAGAUGUCAGCAGUGUGUGUGACGUCACCACCACAGAGUAGAGUGACUUCAUAGCUGCCAACGCUCGGCGGUGACGUCAAUAUGGUGGUGUGUGACGUUACCAUGCAUUCAUAGUGGUCGGCGCCUGAGGACACGGCUUGCUACGAGCUCUGUGUCUCGUGAUUCCAGAGAAGAAAAGGAAAUAUUAGCUAGAGAGCUGAUACACGCAGAGCUAGAGGGUAGAGACAUACUCAGCUAGAGGGUCGACCGUGACAGCAUGCUGACCUAGAGAGCGGAGUAUAAAAUGUCUCGUGGAUGGGGGCUUAUUGGAGGCUGGGGGUGAUGGCAGUGACAGGGAAGGUGUAUAUGAACAAUUGCUAUGUUGCUGCCACGAGUGACACAAGUGCAACCGCAAAAUGCCUUUCUGGCCCCCCUCUCCUCCCACACACAUACACACACAUACACACAUGCACAUAUCUGCAGCACACAGACCGAAACACGCUAGCAAGUGCUACACACGUAACUCGGAUGGACUGAAGAAAGGGAAGAAAGAUGAUUAAUCGCGGGUUCGACCUUUUACGCUCACACACUAGGGACAAACAGACUCGUGGGGAAAGUCAGUGAUAUAAGGCUAAGACAAUAGCUUGGUGACUAUGGACUGUCAACAUGUCACUGACCACAUGAUGUCACCGACUGUCACUAACCAUAUGUCACUGUCACUAACCACAUGAUGUCACCGUCACUAACCACAUGAUGUCACCGUCACUAACCACAUGAUGUCACCGACUGUGGCGGUCUGCUGUAUAUAGUGUAUCGACGACCUCAUGUUUUUUUAUUUUGUCUCUAACAUCUUCUCCACUUGUUGUCUUGACUCCUGGCUUCCAUUUGGAACGAUUUUCAUAAUAAUACACAACUACAACUACGUCA